CAAAUGAUUACCCAUACUCUGCCACACUCAUACCUGCCUUCAAUUUUUGGGACUAAAGUCCUAAUUGGGCACAAGCCCUUUUUGUUUCACUACCAUGGCUUCUCAACUCCACUUGAUAGUUCCCAUUUCAAUUCUUCUUCUCAAUCUCAUGUUUUCCUCGUGCAGUUUUGCUCAAGGUCCACCUUCCCCUGGAUACUACCCUGGCUCCAGAUUUCCAUCUCUGAGCUUUGAUCAAGGGUUUAGCAACCUCUGGGGUCCUCAGCAUCAGAGUGUAGACCAGGGCUCAUUAACAAUCUGGCUUGACAAAUCCUCAGGUAGUGGAUUCAAGUCACUUCAUCCAUAUCAGUCAGGUUACCUCGGUGCUGCCAUCAAACUCCAACCUGGUUACACUGCAGGAGUCAUUACAUCUUUCUAUCUCUCAAAUAAUCAAGACCAUCCAGGGAACCAUGAUGAAAUUGAUCUAGAGUUCCUGGGAACAACCCCUGAUAAGCCCUAUACUCUUCAGACAAAUGUGUACAUUAGAGGAAGUGGGGAUGGAAACCUUAUUGGAAGGGAAAUGAAGUUUCAUCUAUGGUUCGAUCCAACACAAGACUACCAUAACUAUGCCCUUCUUUGGAACCCAAAUGAGAUCAUAUUCUUUGUGGACGAUUUGCCAAUUAGGAGGUAUCCUAGAAAGAGCGAUGCAACAUUUCCUCUGAGGCCUAUGUGGGUCUAUGGGUCAAUAUGGGAUGCAUCAUCAUGGGCCACAGAGGACGGAAAAUACAAAGCUGAUUACAGAUACCAACCCUUCGUUGGUAGAUAUAAAGAUUUCAAACUAGUAGGCUGCACUGCCGAUGGACCUGGCUCCUGCCGACCGCCCUCUGCCUCACCUUCUCCCACCGGUGGCCUCAGCCAACAACAAGUCGCUACCAUGCAAUGGGUGCAGAGAAAUUACUUGGUCUAUGAUUAUUGCCAAGACCCCAAAAGGGACCACACCUUAACACCUGAGUGUUGAGGUCAAAUUUUAUACAUUUAUAAUUAGGGCGUUUCUUGCGAUGCGUCCAACUUUCCAAGACAAAGAGCAAGAGUAGUUGAGCGUCCAAAGCCUCCAAGAUUUGAAGGGUUUGUUUGUUUCUGUACUGUUGGUGUUGGAAUAAAUUUGUUUCUGGAAAUGCUUUUAUAUUUAUAUAAAAAGCAGAACGAAGUACUAGGUAUAUAGGGUUAUACAGGGUAUUGGCAUGAGACAGAUAAAUGUAGGUGCAGUGUGUUGAAUUAUAAAUGUUUGUCUUUCUUAUACUUUAACUGUUAAUGGAACAAAAAGGGUAUGCUUUU